AUAGGGCGUACAAAUUAAUUUGCAGUCCCUUUUUGUCUUUUCUUUAUGAUAGAUUUUUAUUCCUAAUGCCAACCAGAUACUUUCUCACUUUUGGCCCAAUCGGCACCCCUCGACAUAUUACCCUACGUUUGUAGACAGAGGCGAGGUGUUUUAAUUGACUUUUGGCCUUUACUCGGCCCUUUGCCCUUUUGAGGAAGGCUUUGGGUUCCCUCCCCUGGUCGAGAUAUACCAGAGUCUGUCAAUGUAUUUAUAUGUUGUUCUAUGCUUGAUGUCAAGUUUUAUAGCUAGCGAUGAAGACAGAUUCGUCUGUUGUCAAUAUAAUGUGACUGGGUACACGGUUAUUUCACAGUUUGUUAGGUAGUUAAUGUUAAACAACUACACCAUACUGGUUCAUUAUUCCGUAUACAAUAGGUCUGCAUACAAACCGUUACCGCUGUGUAUUAGCCUACUGUAUUCUAUAGUCAGGUCAGUCACACGUGAACUAGUCUGUCGGAGUUGUAAGACUGAAAUAAAAUCCAAAAUAUUUAACAAUGGAUCAAUUCUAUGGACAGGGGUACUCGACGGUUUUUUUUUAUUCCUAUAUAUAAUCUUUUCCUUUCUUUGCCUGAAACUAAAUCAGUUCAUAAUAUUUAAAUAUCUAACCGACAAAAAUCGAAUCUAAGAUACAAUAUGUUUGGAGAAUAAAGACAAAUACUGGCAUAUCAUAUCCUUAUCGUCUCCCCUUAAUUGGUUUACGGUUUCUUUCUAUAAAACACGAAACAUUUGUCUGCACUGGGUAGAAAAGUAAUUUGUCGUUUUAACGUAAUCGUUUGUCUGGUGGUCUUGAAUGACGGAACAUUAUCAUUGGUAAGUCUAUUUUGUAUACAAUGUCUUGGAUAUAGGUCACAAAGCAUGGUUAUCAUAAUCAAUUAAUAAUUCAUUUGUUUCACAAAUAUGUAUUUAUAAAUAAUAUAUUUUUAUAACAAUAAUUAAGACUAUUGUUACAGCUAGAUAUCAUACUUAGUUUUAUUUUUCGAUCGAUUUUUAGAUAUUGUAAGUUAAUAGGAAUCAUUCUAUUAAGCUGACUAUUCUUGAAGUGCGCAUAGUUAUAUUUAUAUGUAUAUUAUAACGUAGGACAAGCUACUGACGACCUGGUCUGGGUGACAGAUCUUCACAGCCUGUCAGACGAAGCCGAGGAUUACAGGCGUAAUAAAUACCUGUGAUGUCGAUUGUUUGAAAGAUGAAUCAAUUCUGAUGAUAUCUAUCUGUUGAGUAACAAACAGUAUGGACGGCAAAGACAUACCAUUGGAGGAGGAACACCCGGGUGUAGAGGGGCCUGUCCCUAAGAGUCCACCGAGGACGGUAUACAUCAAGGCUGUGUUUUUGAAGCUCGGCGAUAUAGACACAGUCAAAGAACAGUUCGCAGCAGACGUGUUCAUUCAGGCAAGAUGGCGGGAAAAGACACUGGACAGUAGCAAAGACAACGAUGUGGACUUCGACAAAUAUUGGAAUCCAGAUCUUCUGAUACAGAAUCGGACUGAAAGCUCACAAAGAAAAAAAUGGUGCGUACUCCGGUUUGGAACGUCCGGAGAAGCUUUUAUAGUCGAAAGGCGGCGAAUCAAAGGAGUAUUCACCGAAAAAAUGGAACUCCAGAAUUUCCCUUUCGAUUCUCAGGACCUCAGUGUAGUUGUGACGUCAGAUCGUUCGAUUCAAGAGGUGACAAUCGAGGAGGACAGUCAAGAUUUGUCGACAAUAAAUGUGGCAAGUUUUGCAGAUGAACAGGAAUGGUGGUUAAAUGACUAUGUGGAAAGCAGCAGGAGCGUUAUCAAGAAGGAGUAUAGACAGAAGAAUGCCGAGUUUCCGGUCCUGCGCGUUAGCUGCUUUGCUACACGACAGUUCAUGUUCUUUGUAUGGAACAUCAUCAUCAUUAUGUUGAUUAUCAGUCUGCUGUCGUUUGCGACGUUCUCCGUAGACCGGACCCUCCCUCAGAACCGGCUACAGUUGGCCUUUACGCUCACACUCACAGGGGUCACUUUCAGGUUCGUGGCCAAUCAGAGUCUACCGAAGAUACCCUACUUAACAAAACUGGACAAGUUCAUUCUUUUCAGUAUGAUAUUCAACUUCCUCGUGAGCACGUGGCAUGCUGGCGUCUCACAGAUUGAUGACACCAGAGCUGCCGACGGCCGACAUGACUUCUGGGCUUUCAUCUUCUUCAUCAUCCUGUACUCAUUGUUCCAGCUUCUCUUCUUUCUCAACGUCCUCAUCCAGUACCUUGUGACAAAACAGAAAAUCCAGAGAAAGGUGAAGAUAUACCAAGAAAAGGCGAUCCGAAUCCUGGGCCAGACAUGGUAUAGUAAUCGGCGGGUGAGAGCGGACAGAACAGAAACCAGACGGAUCGUCCCCCUGCCGUUUUGAUACCAGAUAUCAAUUUUGAUCAAAUCUGAAACUAACUCGUGAAUUGCAUAAUCAAUAGUAAUACAUUGAUGUUCGCACAUUAUCUCGAUAAUGGCAUUAAACUCGCGUUUUUAUAUAGAUGUGUUGACUACGUAGAGAAACAAUAUUAAAAACUACCACAAAACUCGUGACGUGAAUUUGUGUAGCAUUCCUCUCUCAACAUAAAUAUUCAUACCAUGGACUGAACUAUAUUUCGUAAUGAGUCUGCUUCUUGUUUUCCCAUUUUUCUUUAUCUUUCCGUUUUUUUUCGUUUUUUACUUGAAAAUAGAAUGGAUUGUUCCAAAAAUGUGGACUUACAUUUUUCACACAAUUUUCAACUACCUCUUUGUCUCCUGUACCGGUUUUAAAGAAAAUCGCAUCCAAGUACAAUUUUACCUUAUGAGUCCGUGUAUUGUAAAAACAUUGUACCCGUGAUAUGAGUGUCGAUUAAGGAUGAGUGCGGUCCCUGUGAUUUCAGACGCAGGGUGUCCGUGCGACACAAACUGAACGUGCUGGAUUAGAGCUUAUUGAAGAAUUCAGAUGGGAGGCGGUCGACAAAUAUUUUUGAUAGUUUGACCCUAGAUUUUAUAACGGAGAGUGAAAUGAAUUUUGAAUUGGUUGGGUCGAUUUUCAUUGGAGAACGUAAAAAUGAUGUCAUGAAGAUUCUGUGAUAGUUCGAUCAUGGAGGCCUGAGUAAUAUGUAUUACGUAUUAUUGGAAUACUAGACAAACCACAUUUCUGUGACCCGAGGAUGAUUCGCCGAGGACUUUGUGAAGACGGAAUGAGUAAAGAAUCUGACUUGCAUUUCCUGUCUAAAAAUCAUUUAACUGUUGGACAAACAGCUUAGUCCUUUGGGAAAAGUAUUGGAAAUAAUGACAUGACAUUUGCUGAUAUGAUAUAUUUUUGUUUGUUUUAUAUUAAAUAAUUUGUUUGUGCAAUUUACAAGUAAUAGUGUGCCAUUAAAACAUAUGUAACGAUUCG